AUAUGUCACUGGCACACAGCCUUUGUCCCUGCCUUAUCAUGCCUAUAUAAAAGGAUUCCCUGGAGUAUCAGUGGCAAACCAGCCAGCCACCUGUGAAAGAUCAGCGCAAGAAGGUUACCCUGAGAAACAGGCUGAACUGGUUCAACAUGGCUCGACUUGCAAUCUUGGGUGGUUUGUCCCUUUUGAUGUGUCUUCAAGUUGUGUCUUCUACCAAACUGGUGUGCUACUUCACCAACUGGUCCCAGUACAGACCAGGCGUUGGUAAAUACCUGCCUGAAAAUGUAGACCCACACCUCUGCACACACCUGAUCUACGCCUUCUCGAUAAUCAGCUCUUCAAAUGAGAUAACAACGUACGAGUGGAACGAUGAUGUUCUGUACAGAUCUUUCAAUGCCCUCAAGAAUAGCAACCCCCAGCUGAAGACUCUUUUGGCUGUUGGUGGCUGGAACUUUGGAACUGCACAGUUUACCAUCAUGGCUUCAACUCCUGCCAACCGCCAGACAUUCAUCCAGUCUUGCAUCAGGUUCUUGAGACUGCAUGGCUUUGAUGGGCUUGACCUGGACUGGGAGUAUCCUGGAGCACGGGGAAGCCCACCAGAGGACAAGCAGAGGUACACGGUGCUCUUACAGGAAAUACUUGCUGCCUUUGAAAAGGAAGCUGCUGAGACCAAACGGCCACGGCUGAUGCUCACAGCUGCAGUGGCCGCUGGGAAAGGGAACAUCGACAACGGUUAUGAGAUUGCUGAUGUGUCAAAGUUUCUUGACUUUAUAAAUGUCAUGACGUAUGACUUCCACGGAGCCUGGGACCCAUUCACCGGUCACAACAGCCCUCUGUACCGUAGCCUUGUCGAUGAGGGCGAUAACAUCUACUACAAUGUGGACUUUGCUAUGAAAUAUUGGAGGGAGCAGGGAGCUCCCAGUGAAAAGCUCUUGGCUGGCUUUCCCACGUAUGGACGCACAUUCACCACAUCAACAGUUGCUAAUGGUCUUGGAGCCCCAGCCAGAGGCCCGGCAACUGCUGGGCCCUACACCCGAGAAGCUGGGUUUUGGUCUUACUACGAGAUUUGCACUUUUAUCCGCGAAGCCAGCGUAUACUGGAUCGAUGAGCAAAACGUGCCCUAUGCCAGUAAGGGCAAUGAGUGGGUUGGCUUUGAUAACAGGCAAAGCUUUGAAAUCAAGGCGCAGUAUGUGAAAGAUCACAGAUUUGGAGGAGCAUUCAUCUGGGCUCUGGAUCUCGAUGAUUUUCACGGACAGUUCUGUGGACAGGGACCUUAUCCUCUCAUUGGCUAUCUGCGCUCUCUUUUGAAUUCAGAUAUACCACCCCCAGAUGUAACCACACAUCCACCACUCGUCUCUACGAUCCAUUCUGACCCGACAGCUGGUACCACUAAUAUUGCCUCUACCACAACUACUAUUACCACUACUGCCAAAACGACCACAACUGCUGAUUCUGGAAGUGAAUUCUGUGCUCAAAAGCCUGAUGGCCUGUACAUAAAUGACAAGGAUCCCCACUCCUUUUAUCAGUGUUUCCAAGGAAACACAUACAUCCAAACAUGUCCACAUAAUCUUGUUUACAGUGACGCAUGCAAAUGCUGUGAGUGGUAUUAA